AUGACAUUCCCAAGCGAUCAACACCUGACAUUUCCCAAGCGAUCAGCACCUGACAUUCCCAAGCGAUCAACACCUGACAUUCCCAAGCGAUCAGCACCUGGCAUUUCCAAGAGAUCACCACCUGACAUUCUCAAGCAAUCAGCAACUGACAUUCCUAAGCAAUCAGCACAUGGUAUUCCCAAUCGAUCAACUCCUGGCAUUUCCAAGCGAUCAACACCUGGCAUUUCCAAGCGAUCAACUCCUGGCAUUUCCAAGCGAUUAACACCUGGCAUUUCCAAGCGAUCAGCACCUGGCAUUCCCAAGCGAUCAGCACCUGGCAUUCCCAAGCGAUCAACACCUGGCAUUCCCAAGCGAUCAGCACCUGACAUUCUCAAGCAAUCAGCACCUGGCAUUCCUAAGCAAUCAGCACCUGACUUUCCCAAGCAAUCAGCACAUGACAUUUUCAAGCGAUCAACACCUGGCAUUCCCAAGCGAUCAACACCUGACAUUCCCAAGCAAUCAGCACCUGGCAUUCCUAAGCGAUUAGCACCUGACAUUCCCAAGCGAUCAGCACCUGGCAUUCCUAAGCGAUCAGCAUCUCACAUCCCCAAGCGAUCAGAACCUGACAUUCCCAAGCGAUUAGCACCUGGCAUUCCUAAGCGAUCAGCUAUCGAGAUACUUGCCAGCUUUCUCUUUCACUUUCUUUCUCUCUCUCUCCCCCCUCUCUCUCUUUCUCUCUCGCUCUGUCUCUCUCUGUUUCUUUCUCUCUUUUUGCGUAAGUUUGGCUCUCCCCCCCCCCCCCUCUCUCUCUCUAUCUCUCUCUCUCUCUCUCUCUCUCUCUCUCUCUCUGUGUAUGGACUUUUUCUGACACUCUUUCUCUGUCUAGUGCUUUCUGGUUUGGAUCUCUCUCUCUCUCUCUCUCUCUCUCUCUCUCUCUCUCUCUCUCUCUCUUGCUUUCUGGUUUCGAUCUCUCUCUCUCUCUCUCUCUCUCUCUCUCUCUCUCUCUCUCUCACUUUGGUAUAUCUAUCUGUCUCUCCUUCCACUCUCCUUACACAAGGACGCAGAAGAAUUCUUGCUGACUCUAGCGCAGAGCUCGGCAACCUUUUGCUAACUCGAUUACCGGCCCCUUAUCACAUUCUCUCUCUCUCUCUCUCUCUCUCUCUCUCUCUCUCUCAUUAA